AUGACCAUAGGCAAAGCAGGCAUCACCCUCCUGCUCCCCCUGGCCCUGCUGCUGGCUACUGCCUCUCAGCCCCCCGGGGGGGACACCCCAAAGGACCAGGGGUACACAGACCCCCCACACUGCCCCAGCCCUUGUGCCUGCAGCUUGGACGACUACAGUGAGGAGCUCAACGUCUUCUGCAGCACCCGCAACCUGACACACCUGCCCGAGGACGUGCCCCCCAACGCCAAAGCCCUUUGGCUGGAUGGCAAUAACUUCACCCUGCUGCCGGCUGCUGCCUUCAGGAACCUCUCGGCCCUGGACUUUCUAGACCUGCAGAGCAGCCAGCUGGCCGCUGUGGAGCAGCACGCCUUCCACGGGCUGCGGAGCCUCUACCACCUCCACCUCGAACGCAACCGCCUCAAGCACUUGGCUCCCCACACCUUCCUGCACACCCAGAACCUCGUCUCCCUCAGCCUCAACAACAACUACUUCAGUAAGGUGGAGGAAGGGCUGUUCGCUGGGCUCUCCAACCUCUGGUAUCUGAACCUGGGCUGGAACUCACUUGUGGUCCUGCCUGACAAGGUCUUCCAUGAUUUGCCCAACUUGAGGGAGCUGAUCCUGGCCGGGAACAAGCUCCCCUACCUCCAGCACCAGCUCUUCUGCAGCCUUACCGAGCUGAAGGAGCUGGACCUGAGCGGCAACGCACUCAAGGGCAUCAAGAUCAACAUCUUUGUCAAGUUGCAGAAGCUACAGAAGCUGUACCUGAAUCACAACCAGAUCAAUGCCAUCGCGCCCCGUGCCUUCAUGGGCAUGAAGUCCCUUCGGUGGCUGGAUCUCUCCCACAACCGGCUUGUCUCGCUGUUUGAGGACACAUUUCUGGGCCUCCUGAGCCUGCACGUCCUACGCUUGUCCACCAACUCCAUCACCAGCCUGAUGCCCAGGACUUUCAAAGACCUCCAGUUCCUGGAAGAGCUGCAGCUGGGGCACAACAGGAUCCGGAGCCUGGCAGAAAGGACUUUUGAUGGGCUGGGCCAGCUGGAGGUCCUCAGCCUCAACAACAACCAGCUACAAGACAUCAAGGUUGGGGCAUUCAUGUACAACAUGGCAGUGAUGCACUUGUCUGCAAACUGCAUCAAGGUCCUCCCUGACUAUGUCUUCAAGGGAGUCACCAAGUUGCACAGCCUCCACCUGGAGCACAGCUGCCUUGGCAGGAUCCAGGCGAACACCUUCUCCAGCCUCUCCAGGCGGCGGCUCUUCUUGCAGCACAACGCCAUCUCCAUCAUCGAAGACCAAAGCUUCAGCGAACUGCAUGAGCUCCUGGAGCUUGACCUGAAGCACAACAGGCUGAGCCACCUCUCGCCUCAGCUCUUCAUGGGUCUGAGCAACCUGGAGUACCUCUUCCUCUCCUCCAACCAGCUCCUGGAGAUCUCCCAGGAGACCUUCAGCCCACUCCAGAGACUCUUCUGGCUCGACCUCUCCCAUAACCGGCUGGAGACAUUGGACAACACCGUCAUCUCCCCCCUGGCCAACCUGCGGUACCUCAGCCUGAGGAAUAACUCACUGGAGACCUUCUCGGUGGGCUUCCUGUGCCCCUCCUUUGCCCUGGAGCGGCUGUGGCUGGGGGGCAACAACUGGCACUGCAACUGCUCCCUGAAGGGCUUGCGGGACUUCUCCCUGCAGCACCCCGUGGUGGUCCCACGCUUCGUGCAGUCUGUGGCCGAGGGGGACGAUGCCCACGUCCCCAUCUACACCUACAACAACCUCACCUGCCUCCACCCCCCUGCUGUGGCUGGCCUGGACCUCCGCGACAUCACCGAGGACAGCUUUGCUCACUGCUGA